UCACCAUCAAUCAUUGAAUUUUCGAAAAAAAAAUGAUGUCCAGUGAACAAAAUGAAUUUGAAAAUGUAGAAUUAUAUGAUCAAUUCUAUGAAAGUCGACCAGCAUAUUGGGAUGUAAAUAAUACAACAACAUUAUCAUCAUCAUCAUUAUCGAUUGAUGAUCAUUAUUCAAUUGAAGAAUUAUUAAACAACAACAACAAAAGCAAUGAAGAAUCAUUGAAAAAUUAUGUAAUUGUUUCAUUAUUAGAAAAUUGUCAUUUACAUUUGCCCAAACAAUAUGAUGAAGUUGUUUAUCUUGGUUCCGGUGAACAAAGUGUUCUUUGUGCUGCACGUGAUCGUUUAACUAGAAAAAUGGUUGCUAUAAAAAAAUUUGAUCAACCAUUUAAACGACCCGAUUGUGCUGAACGUAUGAUUCGUGAAUUUCGUAUCCUACAAUUUGUUAAUCAUCCAAAUGUAAUGAAUUUAUUGGAUGCAUUUCCAGGUAAUGCACAAUCGUUGGAUCAAUUUGAAGAUGUAUAUCUAGUCACUGAACUAAUGGAUCAUGAUUUAACAAUAAUUUGUAAUGAUAAUAAAAAUCAUCUUUGUCAUCGUGAAAUUGCUGACAUUGUUUAUCAAAUUCUAUCGGGUGUUCAAUAUCUUCAUCGUAUUGGCGUUGUUCACGGGGAUCUAUCACCAGCCAAUAUUGUUGUUCGUCGUCAUCGCAAUGAUGGUCAUUUAGAGUUGAAAAUUAUUGAUUUUAGCCAAACACGUUCACGACAAUCAAUGAUGAUGAAUGAUGAUCAGCGACAAUUAUUGUUUUCAACAAGAUCAUAUCGUGCACCUGAAGUAAUAUUGAAUAUGGAUAAUUAUUUUGAUUAUCCAAUCGAUAUAUGGUCCAUUGGUUGUAUAAUGGCCGAACUGAUUAAUAAAGAUGUUUUAUUCAGAGGCAUUAGUAAUCUACAUCAAUGGAAACAUAUUGAAUCUUUGCUGGGUAAUCCAAAAGAAACAUUCAUACGAAGAAUACGUUCUAGUGUAAGAAAAAUUCUUAAUGGUAAUCGACAACAACAACGACGAUCAUCGGUAAUUUAUCGAAGAAAUUUGAAUCAAAUUUUCAAUAAAGAAUGUGAUUCAAACGCCAACAACAAAGACGAAGAACAUAAUAAUGAAAAAGCAAUGGAUUUAUUACGACGAAUUCUGGUUGUUGAUCCACGCGAACGUAUAACCGUAGAUGAAGCGUUGAAACAUGAAUAUUUUUCGAUUCGAAAUUCCAUAUUACAACAAAAUGAUGAAGAACAAGAAAAAAUGGAAAACAUUUGUAAACAAUCAAUAAUCGAAUAUCGUGAACAAUCGAAUAAUAGUAUCGAUACCCUGCCAGAAAAUGAACAACAUAAUCAAUGGAAAAAAUUGCUAUUCGAUGAAAUUCGUAUGUUUCAACAUAAAAAUCGACAACAAAUUCGUCGAACAUUGAAUUCAAUUUGAAAAAAAUGAAUAUAUAUUGAUUUCAUUCAAAGUGAAAAUUGGAGAUGAAACUUACGCGUGAUG